UUAUUUUUUUGUAAAAUACAUGUAAACAUAAUAAUCCAAGUUUGAGAUUUGCACAAAUUUUUUGAGUUUGCAAGUUCAUGAUUUUAAUAUAAAAGAUUUAACAUUUAACAUUUACAAACUUUUUUGUGCCACCAUAAAGACGUAAGACUGUUUAUUUUUUUAGGUAAUCCAAGAUUUUAGAAUCACAUGUUAUCAUAAUUAUGCAACAAUUCGGGUUUUUUAAUACUUGGGUCAUCACGUUCUUUUUUCUUUGUUGCUAAUAAAUGACAAACUAAACAUCAAAAGCUCAAUAGAGUGCAUUUGCAAUCUAAUUGCUGAAAAUUUUCUACAUUAAGAAAAUAUAAAUAGCACAAAUUUAGCAAACAAUCAAACACCCAAAUUAACUUGAAAUUUGUAAUUUUGUGGUAUCCUUCAAAAAAUUUAAAUGUUUCCUCGAAAACAUGAUUAAAUGAAAGCACAAACAAGCACAAGUGCUCAACUCAAAAUCACCAGAUCUUACACUAUUUUAACUCUUUCGUUUCAUCACAUUUGUUGAAAUUGGUCAAGUUAAGGUUGCUUUCAAGAGUAACAUUGAAUGGAAAAGUUGGAAGCAAAAUCCACAAUGAAGGGCCUAAAGCACGAAGCUAAUUGCACUCCUCAAGUCAUGUCAAAAAAGCCUUUACAACCAUCACCGGAGAACACCCACAAUCAAUGUAAAGAGGAGUAUAUGAAAAGUUUUUACUGUCAUUUGGGCACAAAGAACAAACACCCGGGUUCUAUUGAUACGAUGGUAUCACAAACACCCACUUCAAAUGUGCACCAUAAUUGUGUGAGCGAGUAUCAAAGUGAGAAGAGCAAUGCCAGUCGGAGAUAUACUCUGCUUUCAAGAACAAGUGAUGUUGAAGAAGAACUCUUUGGAAAUAAGGGGUCUCAUGGUAAUAAAACUCAGAGAAGUAUAAAGAAGCAUGAAGAAAGAAAGCCAAUAAUGGAUGAAAAUAAAGACACACUUUGUAAAGAAAAUAAUGUUGUUGUCAUUAAUUCAAAUGAUAUUGAUUUGAUCAAAAAAAAAGCAAUUAUUGUAACUCAAGCUGUCAUUGAAGAGCAAAAGAGGCAAAAAGAAGCUUUACUUGCAGAAAGAAAUGUUAAAGCAAACCAAAGAAAGGCUCUUAUGAUUAAGUUGGAAGCAGAGCGCAAGAAGAAGAGUGGGCCCAUGUCUGACUCUGAAGUGUUGAAGAAGCAAGAAGAUGCCUUAACUUUGGAGGAGGCUAAACGUGCAAUAGAAGAGAGAGAAGAUGAUGUCAAACUUAUGAAUUCAAUUAUGUCCUAUUCAAAAUGUGUAACUCAACGCGAUGCUCAAAAAAAUGAUAGGAUCAAUAGAGAGAAAGAAGAAAAAGAAUACAACCAGAAAUGGCAUGUAAUAAUGGAAGCUGCUCGGCACAAAUUGAUUGAUUUUUAUGAGAAUGAAGAAGAGAAAAAGAAAAUUGAUAGACGUGCGGGAGCCGCCAUUGUGCGCCAACAAAUUGCUCACAAUGAAAUUCAAAAGCAAAUUGCAGCUGAGCAAAAAUUACAAGAAGGACUUAAACUUCAACGAGAAUUUAAGAAUAUUAUGGAAGAGGAAGAAAAGAAAGCAGAAGCAAAGAGGCUUGAAGGAGUAGCAUUGUUAAAAUAUAUAGUAGAUCAAAACAAAGAAGAAGAAAAAGUAAAGAGAAAGAUGAAAGAAAGGGAAAUUAUUGAAGAAGAAAAGAGAAAUGCAUACAUAUUUGCAAAAGAUCAACGAGAGCAAGCGUAUAAAGAAGAACAAGAGAGGAUACAAAAACAAAAAGAAAUAGAAGCGAGUAGAAUUAGGGUUGCUCAAGAAAGAGCAAGUGGAGCUUCAGCAGCAUUGGAAGACUUAAGAAACCAACGCAUAUUUGAAGCCCAUGAAAAAGCAUGGAGAGAAAAGGAAGCAGCUGAUGCAGAAAAAAUGCGCCGAAUGAAUGCAGAACUUCAUUUUGCACGUGAGCAACAAAAGUUUCUAAAAGCAAAAGAAAUUGCAGAUCAGGCCAUUGCGGUGGAACAAGAGUAUUACAAGAUCUUAAAACUUCAAAAAGAAGGAAUUGAAUUGGAAAAGAAAGAAGAGGAAAGAUUGCAUGAAGCAAGGAUGAAGAAUCUUUUCCACCUCAAGGAACAAAUGAAGGAAAGAGAAGAAGCCACAAAAGCAACGGCAAGAGAAAAAAUCCUCGAAGGAGCCUACUCUGCAUGGAAAUGUUCCAGAAACCUUUUCAAAAAAUAGUAAAAAUGAGAAAGUUAAUUCCUCAGAAAUUUGAAGUCAAUUUUUAUGCUAAAGAAGAGGAGAGUGAUGCAACUGUGUCAUGCUCCAUGGUCUCAAGAGUUGGCUGCUUUUGAAUCCUUAUAUUAAAAAAACUGAAGUGCCAAAGAAAGACAUCAUUGGGAGCCCAGUCAAAUUAAACUCCAACUACACUGUGUUUUUCAAAGAAUUGUUUCCUGUACCGUGCACUUGUGACUCAUAUUCUUUGGAAAAAGAUUUGCUUCUAAGAAGUAGAGCAAAAUAAGAAGCGAGAAUAAAGAAUCCGACUUCAAGUUUUUGUUCGAGUUCUCAUUUCAGCCACCAGUUCCCCUUCCAUAGUUGCAGGCAUCAAUAGGACGCACCGAGACCUGGUAUUGCGGUUGUGACUUCCCAUUUUCUCUUUUGAAAGCAUCAUUUUGGAGUUCAUCCAACUGCUGAUUACUUGUUUACCUUAACCAGCUUUCACUCUAGAUGGACGUUCGACGUAGCCAACCACGGCAGAGGCUUAUCUUCUCUGCAAUACUAGACACGAUUGCCUCAAAAGACUCUGGUUUAAUACCGAACAAAAUCCCACAUCUGGAGGAAUCUGCAUUAAAAUCAAGUCAUGCCUGUUUUCCCACAUGGUUAUCAAGCCAUCUAAAUUAAGAAACCCUUCAAAAUGUUGAACGAUUUCUGUGCCCACGAACUUUGAGAUCCCACAAACCCUGUCAACGAAUGUGGUUGGAACCUGAAAACAAAUGAAAGAAGUCAAAACUGCCAGUAUUUCAAUAAUUCACCACAAAAUAAGACUUGCCAAUACACGCUCAAAUGACGGAUCACAUUGACAUGUAGUCUCUGUACACAUGCAAUUGCCAUAACCUGGUAGGUCGGAUAAUACCUCGGUUCGCUAAUUUGAGCCGCAGGUCUCAACUGUGAACACUUUUUCCUUUUACAUACCGAGUUCCUGUGACAA